CAAGGGACGCGUCCCGAUCCACGAGUUCGCGCAGCGGCCCGGUUGGAGAGUCGGUGCAGUGCUUGGGGGGAUGGCAUUGGGCAGACCUGCGCAAGUCACCUCAGUCAAUGGAGGACGAUUCCUCACUCACGCAAACGACAGACGUAUUGAUGAUAUUGCGAAACCGUCUGUGUCACGUGGUUGAACGGUUUCAACAUUGGCGUUCGCGCUGGAGCUCCGUCGGCGCGUUGCCACAGCCUUCCUUGGUCACGAUGCCAAUGAAUAGCCGCCAGUACGAGGAGCGUAUUAACAAGCUUGAGGCGGCAUUGGAAAUGGCCCGACUUCGAUACCAGUCGCAAUCUAGCCGCAUGAAGACGUUCGAGGACGAGAACAAGAAGCUCAAAGAAGAUAUUACGACGGAGCGCGCCGAGCUGGAAGCUCUCUUGAGCAAUCGCCAAGUGAACAUUCUCCUUGAGAGCUUAAAGGAAGAGCGAACGCAGCGACUGGUUGAAAUGGAAGCAGCGCACAUUCGAGAACGCGAAAUGAAAGCCUUGUCCAACGAAGCGGCAGUGGCGACAAAAGGCGCGCUGCUCGCCCACGAAGAAGCAGCAGGAAAGCGGGCGGAAGUCAAUGGCCUCCGCGCCUCCCUCCGCGUGAGCACAAAGCUGCUAACCAUCGCCGAAAAAGACUUCCAAGCCACGCACAAGGAACUGGAAGCGACCCAACUCCAGCUGCUUGAGACGAGACGGAAACUCAUGCUAAAGACGGACGAAGUAAACGUGUGGACCGACCGCUACAACCAAGCGAUGAUCGAUUUGCACAUGGCCCAAAUGAAACUCACACAAGUGUCGGUUGGCGCCAGCGCCAAGGAGUCGGCGUUGAUGAGAGGAUACGGUGUUGUGAUUGCCGAGGCGGCGGGGGAACCCGUGAGCAUCCAACGGCAGCCAUUCCUUAGUGCGAAACGAGGCACGGCGAAGUUCAAUGGCGUUCAAGCUGAUCGAGCAAUGGCGCGGUAUAAUCUGAACGUCGCCCGAAGUGAGUCCGAGCCUGCCUUGGGCUCGCAGCAUGCUCGACGGAGGCGAGUGGACCGGGUCGCGCUGGCGCCGUGUACUGAUCCAGAGAUGUCGCAAGAAACCCCACAGUCCGCUCCCGCCAAAGCCGAACCCCCCAAGUAUAUCACGAAUUUCUCAUCCUCGACGACAUGAUUCACAUUGUUGCAUCCACAGUCAUCCUGGAGAGAAAAAGAGCAUUCUCAUCACAACCCACUUCACAAGCACACGGGAUGCGCAUGGGUCCAAGUACCUCGGGUACGGUCUCGGGAUGCUAAAGAAGGACAACGUUGUGGCCGAUCAUCGGCAAGAGCGCGCUGUUCUGUGACAACAGUCGCGUGGUUGAUUAUAGUCUUCUGCUGGAGCAAUGGAGUUUAUUCUGGCGAGACCAACCGUUGGACAUGAAGAUGUCGACUUGCACUGGCGACGAAUCGCUUGACGCUGACCAACAAAUCUCCC